AUUGUUCCAGGCAACUGCCUAGUUAUAGCAGCUGUGCUGUGCUCUUCAAAGCUGCGCAGUGUCACCAACCUGUUCAUUGUUUCACUGGCCGUCGCUGAUUUGAUGGUAGGGGUUGCCGUGCUGCCCUUCUCCUCAACCAGAGAAGUGUUUGAGAUAUGGAUCUUUGGAGACGUCUGGUGCUCAGUAUGGCUAGCAGUCGACGUGUGGAUGUGCACAGCCUCAAUAUUGAAUCUCUGUGCUAUAUCUCUGGACCGCUACGUAGCAGUUACUCGACCAGUAAGCUAUCCGAGCAUCAUGAGCAGACGGAGAGCUAAGGCGCUCAUCGCUGGUGUAUGGGUGCUGUCUUUUGUCAUUUGCUUCCCGCCUCUGGUCGGCUGGAAAGAUAAACGGUCUGAAGGCGCCAACCCAGAUGACCCCCCAGACCCUCCUUGCCCCUGGACAUGUGAGCUAACCAACGACGCGGGCUACGUCGUCUACUCAGCGUUGGGGUCUUUCUAUAUCCCCAUGUUCGUGAUGCUGUUCUUCUACUGGCGUAUAUACAAAGCUGCUGUUAGGACAACCAAGGCUAUUAAUCAAGGAUUUCGGACAACCAAAGGUGGAAUAGGCAGUCGUUUCGACGACAAUCGUUUGACCCUUCGUAUACAUCGAGGCCGAGGGUCGAACCGUCCCCACGGGUCUCCACUAUCCAACGCCUCGAACCAUUCGACCAGCACUUCACUAAGCGCCUCGCCUGAACGGCUUAGAAGGCAUUCAAGCGCACGUAGAGCCCACGAAAAGAUCAAAAUCUCCGUAUCGUAUCCAUCAUCAGAACAAAUCUGCCCAGCCCAUGAGAAUUCCCGAUCUCCAAGUCGUUCCCCAAGUCCUUCAUUGUACGCAGUACACUAUGAAAGAGACGGCAGGGAGCUGACAGAGAGUCGGUUGAGGGUGAAGUCCCACCAUCUCACACCAGCGCCUCUAUAUGACGAGUUCGAUGAUAAACCAAGGACUAGGAGGAUGGGAAAGAGAAAUAUUAAGGCACAGGUAAAACGAUUCCGCAUGGAAACCAAAGCGGCGAAGACGCUUGGCAUCAUCGUGGGCGGCUUCGUGUUUUGCUGGCUGCCGUUCUUCAGCGUGUACGUGGUCAGGGCCUUCUGCGGAGACUGCGUCGCUCCCAUUGUCUUUUCUGUGCUUUUCUGGCUGGGAUACUGCAAUUCCGCGAUCAACCCGCUUAUUUAUGCGCUGUUUUCUAAAGACUUCAGGUUUGCCUUCAAACGCAUAAUCUGCAAGUGCUUCUGCAGCGGAGGCGGCAGCGCGCGCAGGGAAUCCGACGGAGCCGGCGGCGCCGCUGCUGAGCCUCCACGGACGAGGAUUUUGAGAAACACUCAGUCUCACUCCUUAGACGAACAUGAACAUAGCCAAUCGCACACUUCUAGCACCACUGAUAGGUGACGCCGUCCUCUCCGGCGGCAGAUUCCGACGUUUCAAACUUCUGUCGCGUGCGUCUAGCCCAUGUGCGAACGUAGGAGCGCAUUAUGUACCUACCU